AUUUCAAGCUUUCAAAGUUCACAAAGGCCCGACGCGACUUGCCCUCCAAAUUAUGUGUAUAUCUACUAUUACUCGAAUAGAAUUAGUUAAUUCUCAAAACAACACUGAAUUCAGUCACCACAUUGAACAUCAUAUAUUACGAUGUUGUUUGUUCAGCACAGUAUUGGUUUAAGGUGAAUUUGGCAACAGGCCAUGUCAUGCUCACUCCUAAAAUUCACACCAAAUUUACAAAGUCUAUUCAUAGGCAGUCUCUUGCCAACAUUGUCAACAGUUCACCACUGUUUCGUCGUGAUUCUCCGAACAAAAUCCCCCAAAUUCUCUAUUUCUCUCAAUGCUCUUCGUGGACCCUUUUUCAAGAAUUCCGCACACAUGCCGUUCUACCAGUCGAAACAUCUGUUUCAAGAAUUUGGUUCGGGGAUUCCCACGUUGCUGGUCGGUUUUCAUAUGUGCCCCAGUUACUUGAUGAAAUGUCGGAGAGAAAACAGCAAAAGUCUCAGUGCACCCUUUUGUGGGAUGUGUUCAAGAUUGUUCAAUCUGUUGUCUCGGAACCGAAUGUUGAAAAUGCGGCAAUUGUGCAUGCCUUGGCUGUGAAACAUGGCUCUCUUGCUGAUUUGUGUACCGCCACCUCUCUUCUCACCGUUUACUCAAGAUGUAAGGAGUUCGGCUCCGCGGUGGCUUUAUUCAGUGAAGUUCUUGAUAGAGAUGUGGUGUUCUGGAAUGCUAUGGUGAGUGCAUGCGUAGAGAACAGGAGUUUUCAAGCUGCAGUUGGUUUCUUCAGGAAGAUGGUCGGCGAGGGGUAUGAGUUUGAUCCCACAACUCUUGUCAUAGUGAUUUCUGCAUUUGCCGAUUUAAGAAGCCUUCGACAAGGUGAGGGUGCUCAUGGAUUGAGUGUUAAAGCGGGAAUGCUUUCGGACACUGUUUUGAGUAAUGCUCUGAUUAAUAUGUAUGCGAAAUGUGGUGACCUGAGUUCAUCAGAGUGUGUGUUUGCUGGAGUAAAUUGUAAAGACCUUGUUACCUGGAAUUCAAUUAUCAGUGGUUGUUUCUACAAUAACCAUCCUGAGAAGUCCCUCUGGUAUUUUAGACGCAUGGCUUCUUAUGAAAAUCAAGCUGAUGAUAUGAGUAUUUCUUGUGCUAUUGCAGCAUGUACGAGUUUGCAAGAGUUUGGUGUUGGCUUGGCAAUCCAUGGACUGGGAAUCAAAUUGGGUUAUGGGGAGAACAACCAUGUUUCAGUUGCUAACUCUCUUAUUUCAUUCUAUUCUCAAUUCCGAGACAUCCAUGCUACAGCAACAGUUUUUAAAGGGAUGGUGGUUAAGAAUAUAGUUUCUUGGAAUGCCAUGAUCAAAGGGUUCUUUCUGAAUGAAGAAGCUGAGGAAGCUUUUUAUCUUCUACGUACAAUGCAGUUUGUGGCAUUGAUCCAACCUGAUAUUGCAACUGUGGUUACUAUAAUUCCAUUUUGUGCUGAACUACUGCUUCUACGAGAAGGAAAAGCUGCUCAUGGCUUCACCAUUAGGAGAGAGAUGGCAUCAGAAUUAUCAGUUAUUAACAGUCUCAUUAAUAUGUAUUCCAAGUGCAAUAAUCUGAAGGAAGCUGAGUAUUUAUUCUUGACCAUGCCAAAGAAAGACUUGGUUGCAUGGAAUACUAUGAUCUUUGGAUAUGCCCAAAAUGGGCAAUCUCAGGAAGCUAAAACAUUAUUCAAGAACAUGCUGGGUUGUUAUUCAACUUGCACCUUGCCAACUCUAUUGGCUAUUACUCCAUCUUGUGAUUCUCCUGAAUCACUUCAAUUUGGAAGAUCGAUUCAUGGUUGGAGUAUCAAAUUGGGUUUUUCAAACAAAAUUUUUGCUUUGAAUUCCCUCACUCACAUGUAUAUUAGUUGUGGAGCUUUGUUGGAUGCUUUUACGUUGUUCAAGGGAAUCUCUGCUAAGGCUGAUGUUACUGGUUGGAACACUGUUAUUGCUGGCUGCACUCAGAAACAACAUUUUUGGGAAACUUUAGAAUAUUUCGACUUAUUCAGGAAGGCAUCUCAAUUCCAUGUUAAUCCUAUAAUCUUUGUCAGUGUCGUCUCAGCUUGUGGCAAUCUUGGGUUAACAUUUCAAGGAAGGUUAAUUCAUGGUCUUGCUUUUAAAACUGGAGCAGUUACCAAUAUGCGAGUCCAGAAUUCACUGGUGACAAUGUAUGGCAGAUUAGGCGACACAGAGAGUGCUACACUAGCUUUCAACCUUAGUCAUGAUCAUAAUUUAUGUUCAUGGAAUUGUGUAAUAUCUGCUUUGUCACAAAAUGAGGAUGCUAAAAAAGCACUAGAGUUAUUCCGGUCUCUAGAAUUCGAGCCGAAUGAGAGAACCAUUUCCACAGUUCUUUCAGCUUGCACCCAACUUGGGGCCAUGACUUAUGGAAAACAAAUCCAUGGACAUGUCUUCAGGUUUGGAUUCCACCAAAAUCCUUUCAUAUCUGCUGCUUUUGUGGACCUGUACAGCAAUUGUGGCAGGUUAGAUAUUGCUGAACUAGUUUUUCUAAGCUCGCCAGAGAGGUCCGUGGCUGCGUGGAAUUCCUUAAUAUCUGCUUAUGGCUUCCACAACUUUGGUUCAAAAGCGAUUGAAACAUUCCAAGAAAUGAUUAGGUCUGGGAUUCGUCCCACAAACAGCUCAUUUACAAGCCUUCUUUCAGCCUGCAGCCACUCGGGGCUGGUCAAAGAAGGGCGCAUGUACUAUGAUAAUAUGUUCGUCAAAUUUAACGUGCAACCUGCCACUGAGCAUCAUGUGUGCAUGGUCAAUAUGCUGGGUCUGUCAGGAAGGCUCCACGAGGCCUAUGACUUCAUCAAGAAUCUUCCAACACAACCUGAUCCAGGCAUAUGGGGAGCCCUACUAAGUGCUUGCAGUUAUCAUGGAGAUCUUGAGAUGGGGAGAGAAGUUGCAGAAAUCCUCUUUUCCUUAGAACCGGAAAAUGUUAGUUAUUACGUGUCGUUGUGUAAUAUGUAUGUUGCUGCAGGUAGAUGGGAGGAAGCGGUGGAUUUAAGAACUAUAAUUGAGGAUAAACAACUAAAGAAACCAGCUGGUUGCAGUUUCAUUGAUCUUGGUCUAAGGUAAGAUCCUUAAGUCCCUCUUCUUGAUCCUGCAUUAGUUCCAUUACCUGUUUAUAUUCAACAUCAUCCCUUUAUUUAUGAUUAGAACUAUUUAGCUCUGAUUAAUUUUUUUAUUAUGGUUGUUGCUCCAGCAUAUAUCCCAUUUAAUAAUAAAAAAAGCAUCAGAUACGUCCUUAAAUAUUCAAUUCUACCAUUUCAGCCUAAAGUACAAAUGAAGUUGUAUGUAGUGUCCUACAUAAAAAUGUUGAAUGAGGAUGAUUAGGCAAAAAACAUAGAUGUUGAUCCUGCUAAAAUUCAGUGGUAAAUACGGUCAAAAGAGAUUCAUGGUUGAAAUUUUGAUUUGCCUUUUCAGCAUGUUUUAUCAGAAUAUAUUCAGUUUAAAUUGUGGCCAUAAAUAGGUUAAACCCACUUAGAGGUAUGUGUGUGUUUUUUUUAUUACACUCACGCAUCCAACACACACUCACUCAAAGUUCAAACAUCCCAUAUAAAACGUCUUAUGUCCAAACCACUGGGUUGUCUUCAGGCUACUCCACUUAAGUUACCUUUUUUUGUUUGUGUAAGUAAAUAUUAGACUUUGUUGCAAAUUCUGUUAUAUUUAAUAUAUACCAGUCAUAGUUGCAUGUAGUUUUCAUGAGCAUAUAAAAAUGAAUUAUGGUGUGAGAUGAAGAGAAAAAAUAAAUUUGUGGAAGAAACAAUCAUGGCCGUAAGGGGAUGAGAAAGGAAGAAAAAGUACAAUCAUUUGAUACAAAAAUAAGUUGUAAUUAUGAAUUUAUUAAAAAUAUGAAACUUUAUGAGAAAAAGAAAUGUGGAAAAGGGAAGAGAGGAACGUCGAG